AUGAUGCCAGUCUUGACGACACCACGCGAAACACGCGCCUUCGACUUCGUCCCGGUGAACAUCAUCCGCGACGACGGCAAGGAAACGUCUUUCCGCGAACGAAACUUUGGCGACUUUAGCGACGUUAGCUUAGUCCCCGCUGGAACGAACUCGCGUAUCCAGGUAAAGAAAGGACCGAACGGCAAGGACUACGAAUACGAGUACGUAUAUUAUUACUAUGACGAGGAGGAUGAGAAUAAGGCGGGUACAGCGGACUCGGCCGUCACCAAUUCUUACGACGUUCCUUCUAGAACCACGCCCGCGCCUAGGCGCGGCGGAUCGUCAGCCAACAGGAACAAGUACACGAACGUCGAGAGAUCCAGCACCGUGGAACCGGCCAGCAACGAAGUUAUUCCGAAUCGUAACGGAAACAGAGGCCGACAGUUGGUCGAGACGGAAGACGUCUCCGAGGAGAGACUGCCGACCAACACCAGAUUUCCGCCUAGGUGCGUAGAAGUUGAUUGGUUGCUUGGACACGACAGGUCACGAUCGAGUCACAACACCGGCACUACCGAGCCUUCGAGAACUCGCGGAAAUCGUCCGAGGCCCGGCCUGGACCUCGUCGACUCGAGCAGCUUCCGCACGCAUCAGGAGGGGCCCGAGUUCCCGCAAGUGUUACCAAAGGGGCCCGUCAGGUUCCUCGGGGUCACGCCGAACGAGGAGAACGCGACAGAGGAGAGGGCGGCGGCAACAGGCAGAGGACGAGCGAGACCGCAGAGAGUGCAAGAACCCGCUCCCGUCGAGGAGAUCGUCGAAGACGCGCCCGCUCCCACCACCGCCAGGAGGAGACCGAUUAGCACACUCUCGACCGAGCUCGACGUCGAAACGUCGAAGGGAAAGGAUUGGCGAGCGAGCGAGGAGAAAGAAGAAGACGCCGCGUCUUCGCUGACGGAGAAAGCCAGAGACAAAGAGUCGUCCGCUGACGAAAACUCGGACUCUCCUUCCACGAUCUUGGCAAACACCGAGAAUCCAACGACCGAGUAUCCAUCCUCCAUGGACAAAGUGGCGCUCGACUUGUACGCUUUCGUCCAGCAAGGGCAAAACAAUCUGGUCGACGCGUCCGGCACCGAUUCCUCGCCCUCCUCCGACGUAACCACCACUUCCAACGAGGAGAACACCACCGAUUUGGCAGCUGCGACGGAAUUGUCCGCGACCACCGUCACCCUCGAACCUGUUCAAAUCUAACGGAAGCGGAAGCACAAGCACGGAAGUACCGGCGGAGCCGACGCAACGCAGCCGGAAUCGGUUCGGAAGCGGCUCCAACGGCGGUGGUUUCAAGAGGAAUCGCCCUGGACAGAAACAACCGGCGCUGGUGGAGGAGGACGCGGUGCAGAAAGAAAGUGCCAGCUCCGUCCACGCGGAACGUCCCUCCCUGCCGCCGGGUGCUGCUACACGUGGCAGAUUUCGCGGCUCCUCCGGAUCCACCAGGUCCGUCUCUUCGACGACAGCGACGCCGCCAUCGUCGUCGUCGUCGUCGAACGGCGGAUCGCCUUCGUCUUCGAACAGCGGCGGGCUGUCCAGGCCGUCCUUCAACAAGCUGAACAUCAAUCGACGACGCGGCAGGCCGACGACGAGCGCUCCGAACGGCAGCGAGGAGAGCCAGGAAGCGGUGAAGGAGAUGAUCGCGCAGGAUCAGUCGGUCACCACGGCGCCAAAGUCGACUUCGGUUCGCGCCCGACUUCCGGCCACCGGAGUGAGACCGGUGAUUAAACCCGGGGCGAGAAUCAACCUGAGACCUAAGCCAGGACAGCUAUCGACGACCAGCACCACCGCCGCGUCACUCUCCGCGGACAAAGAGGAGGAAGCGGACGGGUCCGUCGACGAGCCAGCGGGCGAAGGAACCGAGGAGGAGACUCACGAGGCACCUGCGGAAACCAGCCCGCCCCCGUCGCGUUCCACCACCGUCAACCCACUGAACAAACUGCGCAAUCGAAACCGGCUGCAAGUACACCCGAAAACAACGACCAGAGCCCCGGUGCCUCUGGCAUCGUCGAGAAGAUCGCCGUUGUUGCCACGCCGCAAGUCAACCGAGCCACCGGUUCCACCCAGCCAGGAUGAACCGUCCGAGGAAGCGGAAGUAGUUUCCAGCUCCAGCGAGACCGAGCCGACCGAGCCUACGUCCGCCGAAAGCAGCACAGCUGCGAGCACGAAACACGAGGAGACCAGGGGACUGAGCGGACUGUUGGCACCCCGACGCAGGAUAACGCCGCGACGACCUGGACAGAUCGUCUCGCGGGAGUAACAACGUAAACGAAAACGGCCUCCUCCAGUUUCCACUUGCUCCUAGCUUUAAACAAGAGAAGAACGACCGAGCUCUCGAGGUUGGAAACGGCGAGGUGAAGGCCGACCGAGGAGCUGUUGUGCAGGAAGCGAAUAGCACCAACGACGAGCCAAGACGAUUCAAGAGAUAUCGCAUCGAUAUUCUAAAUCUCUUUCGUGCUCGAAUCUCUCUGUGCCUGUGUGUGCGUACGAGAGGUAAAUUUGUCGUCGACAAUCUCCAAUGUUGCUGGCCAUCUCGAGGGGACCAUCGGGCCUCGAGUUCAAGUCGCUGACUUCGAGGGACGCGCCUCUUUGUUUUUAAAUGAAAUCUGUCGGAUUCCGAUUUGAUAGGUAAGAAGAAGACAGAAUCGCAGAAUAUCCCCUGUAAGUUCCAUUCGAGCUUUGUAAUCUAGCCCUCGAAGUUUAUCGACACAAUGACACGCGAAAGUAAACGCUGAAACUUCUUUUACAGUUAAGUUUCCAAAAAAAAAAAAAAAAAAAA